AUGGCUGCUGCUCGUGCUGCAAAUCACCCUAACCCUACAGCACUAGCAACCUUUGCAUCAGGGUCCAUGCAAGAAGGGUUAGAUUUGAAGUCAUUGCUUGAGGUUAAGCGUACCCUGUCCCCUGAUGAUGUUCGCACCAUCUCGACACAUUUGUUACAGUAUCCACGUAACAAGCCUGGGGGGCUGGUUCAGAAACUGACAAAGCAUGACUCCCAGAUUGUCUCUGCCAAAAGGAAGGAUUUUGAGGCGCACCAAAAUUCGAUUUACAGAUGUGUUCAAGCUGCAUUAAGUAAACAUACACAAGAUAAGGGAGAGGAGUAUGAGCUUCUUGCAAUCUGUGGGGUGAAUACUGAAAUACCCAGGAAUGGCAGUUAUGGUUACUAUGAUAACUACGACGGAUACCCAUAUUCCCAUAUCAACAUCUGGGCAAGGAUGAAAGGGUCACAACUUGCUGAUGUAGCUCCCACACUCCUUUUCAUUCAGUGUAGAAAUGACUCUGAAGACACGACGGACUCUCAAACUCUGUGCUUGCCUGUGUCAGAGUCAUCAAAAGAUGCCGGUCGCUGCUUCCAUUGCGAGCAAAGUGGGACCAAAAUUGUGCAUCCGUUGUCACAUUCAUACCUUGGGCAAAACUUCAACUUUGAGGAAAUGGCUCGUGGAAAACAUUCCAUUACAAAUAACGAACUAGUUGGAUAUGGGGACCGAAGGACUGUUUUUCUGGAUACAUCAGAGGAUGAUUGCAUUUAUUUUGAUCCUGCAUGGGAUGCUGAUUUUUCUGUGCGGCUUAAUGAGGCUGCUAAGAGGGAACUGGAGGGGGAGGAUGGGGCUUCAUCUCGGGCCAAGAUGCGCAUGGUAAAAGAAGUUGCGCGAGCAAUGGCUGCUUUCAUACAUCUCAAGGAAUGAGAAACGGUUAUUCCCAUGGGGUGAUGCUUAUCUCGUCCUCUCUCUGCCUAUGUAUCUGUUAGUCGUUAAGGUUCUGGCAAGCAAAAACCAUGGCAAAUUUCCUUCUGGUUGUAAUAUUCUGAGGACAAUCUCUGUGUGUGAAAUGCCAUGAUAACAUAUAUCGGGAGGAACUAUC